AAAAAUAAGAAAAUCGCGAACCUCACGUACAAGAACAUCGGUUUUUCUAGGAAACAUUUUCUGCUUCCGGUUGAUGUUUCUUCCUUUUCUCGUGUGCUUCGUUGGAAGAGGAGUCAAAAUGGGACGACGACCAGCAAGAUGCUACCGCUAUUGUAAAAAUAAGCCGUACCCUAAAUCUCGAUUUUGUCGUGGUGUCCCCGACCCCAAAAUUCGUAUAUUUGAUUUGGGAAGGAAAAAAGCUACUGUAGAGGAUUUUCCUCUUUGUGUUCAUUUGGUUUCUGAUGAAUAUGAACAGCUGAGUAGUGAAGCUUUGGAAGCUGGACGCAUUUGUUGCAACAAGUACUUGGUAAAGUACUGCGGUAAGGACCAGUUCCACAUUCGAAUGCGGCUGCAUCCAUUCCACGUCAUUCGUAUCAACAAAAUGUUGUCGUGCGCUGGAGCUGAUAGGCUUCAAACUGGAAUGCGUGGAGCGUUUGGAAAGCCGCAGGGUACAGUUGCUCGAGUUCGUAUUGGUCAACCCAUUAUGUCUGUCCGCUCUAGCGAUCGUUACAAGGCUCAAGUUAUUGAAGCUUUGAGGCGUGCAAAGUUUAAGUUCCCUGGACGUCAGAAGAUCUAUGUUUCAAAGAAGUGGGGUUUCACAAAAUACGAACGUGAGCGUUAUGAAGAACUGCGCGAUGACAACCGCCUUGAGCAAGAUGGUUGCAAUGUGAAAUACCGCCCAGAGCAUGGCCCAAUUGCAGCUUGGGAAAAAGCUCAGCGUGAUGUUUAUGCUUAAAAAUACAGUUAAAUAAAAUGUCACAUAAACUUUUGUAAUUCAGAAACAAUAUACAAAAUUACUAUUUGCUGAGCACAUA